AUGGUACCAUUAGCGAGCCUCAGCCACCCCAGAGAAGAUGCGGAGGACCGUUGCUAUGACGACCACUCCACCGGACAGGGGAUGAUGGAUCACGGCGAACUAACUGGAGCUCUCUUGCGUCCUCCUCCAGUUGCUGUCAAACCGAGGAAGAGGCGGGAUACCUUCAUCGUCCCAAUAAGCCGACCAGGCUAUUCCUCGAGGAAAGAAAAAUCAUAA